AUGUACUUCAGACCCAAUAUCAUGGUUGGUCGGAUCAAACGUUUGAAAUGUUUGCAUUUUUGUCUUUUUAUCAUCUUUUUGACGUUGAAUUUCAUCACGCUUGUCUUGAUUAACAUUCGAAGUUCAAAUGGUACAACUUUAUCAGAUCAAGACUGGUCUCCUUGGAAUCAGAUAGCUACCGUGAUAAAAACGGGUGAUUUUAUUGCUGCUACACGAAUAAAUACUGAACAAGCUUCAACGGAGGUUACCGCUUGCGUUGUAGACCCUGCUUUGAUUGAGUGCGAUGGUAAUGGAUUCUCUGCAUUACUUUUGUAUACGCUGGAUCAUAUCUUCACAUGCCAAGCCUUAGGAAGCGACACGCCUAUCGUAUAUUGGCGGAAUUGCAAUUCAGGAUGCUCAAAAGACCCAAGUGUGAACUCUUGGAAAUGGUACUUUGAGCCAAUAAAUCAAGGUCUCGAAUUUAAAGCGAAAAAAGUAAUAUGUCCGCUUGGUGGGUACUUUGAGUUACCUGUACUUCGACCAGACAUAUGGCCAGUUUUAGACAGUAGCUUUAGAGACCGCUCAAAUGUUGUUGGUUAUCAAAACAGCACUAUCAUAACUCCAAAGGAAAGGAGAAGAGUAAACUGGUGGUUAAAUCGGUUUGUUAGACCCAAUGCUAGAAUCAAGCAAAAGGUCAACAGUUUCUUCAGUAGGUAUCUAGCGGGAAACACUCUCUUAGGAGUGCAAGUACGAGCUACCGACCACUGGCUGGAGAGACGCGAGGGAAAAUUACCUACAAUAUCAGACUGGAUAAAUAAAGCAGCUCCAAUUUUCGAAAAACUUUCAGAGCCCCGGAAAAUAUACAUUGCUAGUGACAAUACAGAGGUCAUCGAUCAUUUUGUAAGGUUUUUUGGACAAAAGAAGGUAAGAUGACUGUAAGAUUAAUGUUUCUGAUCAUUCGUUCUUUACAUGUAAGAAACACUCGUUCAAGUAACUACUGUGCACCUCCAAAAAUAUUUCAAGACUUUGAAUAUAUCCUAGGAAACAGAAAAAGUUAUCUAUUUACCUUUGAAGUUUUAACUUAACAAUAGAAGACAACUGUUUUAACGAUGUUCAAAAAUGAGCAGCUGCAGUAUUACUAGCUGGGUUAAUCAUUUCGUUUCCAGUUCUUCUCAUUAGUGAUGGGCACUUUUGUUUUAUCAAUUGUAACUGAGUGAUCUUCAUGGAUACAGGCAGUAAAAUUCAAGGUGUUAAAAUGAUGGGAAAAAAAGACAAGUGAAAGCAGUGGACAAAUAUAUUUUCCUUAGCUUUCACCGCUCGUAAAUUUUUUCUGUCGAUCUUUGAAUUUCCGUGUACUCCCUAUUUCAUAUAGAUCAGACUCAGCUACCCUAUUAAUCCUUUCGAGUUAAAACUUACUCAUUUUAAAUAACACGGUAUAGUGCGGUACCAUUGCCCCUCUUUCUCGGGUUACCUUUUUCAUUGUUUUAUCCAAAAGCGAUAAUAAUAAGACAGAAGCCAGUAGUUUUGAGGUUCUUUAACACUUUCCAUCAAUUACAUUAACAGCCACAAUAGCAUUUCAAAACGUCUUUCAAGGUAGCCAUGCCAACAAAAUUAAUCAUUCUCUUUCGCUGUAAAAAGGUUUUAUUCAUCGAGGCCACAAGAGCCAAAAGUUACCACGGUGAACCUCCACACGUCCUCCAGGUCCAGCACAACCCAGAUCAAUUUCACAAGGCUCUCGGCACGCAGGUGCUUAUGGAUAUUUUACUCUUGGCAAAAUGUGAUCAUUUCUUACACAUUGAAUCCAGUGUGGCAGCCCUGGCAAGUUACUUUAACCCUGUCAUGAAAAGUCACUUUCUGGAUGAUACGCCCGAAAAGGUAGGGCCUUUUCAGGUCUGUGACGUAUGUUUAUUUCAGGAUUCGUACAGAGUUUUGAACUCUUGAAAAAGUCUUGAAAUUCGCCCAGCAAUUUUUCGGACCUGAAAAGUCUGGAAAAUGGAGAUUAAGUUUGGAGAAAUGGUAAAAAGUAUUGAGUUUUUUCAAAGAUACAACAAGUGCUUUAGAGGUGAUAUGUUUUCGUUUUGGUCAAAUCCUAUUCAAUCUCGCCCGUUUGUUUGCAGCGCAUCAUGAAAAGAGCUUUGUUUCUGCGUUUUUUAUGGUCUCCAUUGAUCACCUAUUUGAUAACCUUGGGUCUGGAAAAAGAAAUUAUUGUUUUCAUAAAGGCUGGAAAAAGUCUUGAAUUCUGGAUCCUAAAAUCUGUACGAACCCUGUUAUUACCACAUCACUUUUCUUUUCGAAUUUCGAAUUUUCAUUAUCCCUUUGCGUAUCUGCAGUGCAAAUAGUGGAUAUCACCAGGAUACGUAUACUCUAAGGUGCUAUUAGACAACGUAGCUAUCAACAGCAUUAACAAUGAUGAUUUGUCCCAGUUUUUGAACUAUUAUCAUGCAUAAUAAAUCAACAUGAAUGGUGCGUUGGUCUUCUGUUAAAUUUCCGUAUGCACUGCGCAGUCUCACACACGUACUUUUAGGUUGUGCCUAUAUAUUGUCUAGUGCUUUUGCAAACGUAAUCUAAAUAAAUGCUUUGAUUGUUCUUCAGCCUCAAGACUCACACUUAAAACCACAAAUGGAAAGAGAAAAUCUAGAUGCCGAAGAGUUUGAAGAAAACCCAGAAGAUGUAAAGGGCAUGAAAAUAUGUUUUGACAAGAACAGCCCGUUUAGUGCUUGUCCAAACAUUGCGACGGGAAUUUUUAUUAAUAAAGCUAUGGCCAAUAAUUUUGUUUCUAAUGCUUAG